UUUAAGGUAAAUUUAGAACACACGUGAUAUUUUUUCAAUCUAUAUCAGUAACUUUUGAUUAAAAAGAAAACUUCAAGGAAAUAGAAUUGAUAACAAAAUUGUGGUUAUAAAUUAUGACGCCUUCAAAACAUUUUUUCAAAUAACACUGAAAAUAUUAUUUACAUAAAACACGUAUAAAUUAUCAUAUUUCACAUUUAUAGAACUUGCAUUUAUUCUUCAAGGAAAAUUACUAACAUAUUACCAAGAAUGUAGAAAUUUAUAAAUUUUAGUAGAUCAUCAGUGGAAUUGUAUUGAAAAUCCAAAAUACUUUUUAUCUCAGGUUAUAAAAUAUUCAUACCUACUUUCAUCAUUUUUUAAUACACUUAAUGUUCAAAUUAAAAGAUUCUAAUCUAUUUUGCAUGUAUUGUUUGAACAAAAAAAAUUUAUCUACUACAAAUAAACUUUAAAUAUUCAGUUGAGGGAGACUCCUUCACAUAAAAAUGUUUACUUGCCAUCAUUCAUAGAUUUGAAAGUAUGUGUACCCCUAGUAUGCUAGCGACCAUGUGAUAGGCUAUGAGUCACUGUCAGCUGAUUGUUGUUAGAAUAUAAUAGAGUAAAAUAAUUAAAUUUAUAAUUUCAUUAAAAAAUGCGUAUUAUCCAGUUGUACUAUAGAUUCUAGAACACCCAGUAGAUUAUUAAACAUACUAAAAUUAAAAUAAAGCGACAGAGAAACAAAUAUUUUUAUUGGCCAUGGAAAACUACUGCUGAAAAUAAACAUAACUAGAAAAUAAAGAUGCUGUGCCAAUAAACUUUUGUUUACCAAAAGUAUAAUUUACAAGCAUGCAGCGGACACUGAGUAGUGUAGUGGGUCCAUCUGGACAAAAGUUCGCCACUUGGUUGCUCACCAAAAAUGCACCUUGCCUAACAAACAGCCCAUCUAGAAGCUACAAUGUUCCUGCUGCCUCUGAACCUUUUUUAAACGGUAGUUCAGGUCAAUAUGUUGAAGAUAUGUACAAUGCUUGGUUGGUAGAUCCAUCCAGUGUACAUGCGUCUUGGGAUUCGUUUUUUCGAAAUUCUUCACAAGGCGGUGUCGGUUACCAAGCGCCACCAUCUUUAGCACCUUUGGGUAAAAAUGAACUACCAGUUUCUUCCCUUUUACCGGCAUUGGCCGGUUCAAGUGCACUUGGAGCAGCACCUGUUAGCGAAAAGGCCAUCGAUGAUCAUUUGGCAGUACAAGCUAUUAUUAGAAGUUAUCAGAUUCGAGGUCACCACAUAGCAAAGUUGGACCCCCUUGGUAUAAACAGCGCAGAUUUGGACGAUCAGACGCCGCAAGAAUUGGUCUAUAAGAACUACAAUUUUGAUCAUCCCUCAAAGACGUACAGCGAAGAACUGAAAAGACAGGUCCGGCAGUUUAUGGCAAAGGAAACCGACAUGGAUAGAGUAUUCAAAUUACCUUCGACUACCUUUAUCGGUGGCAAAGAAAAGUCGUUACCACUUAGAGAAAUAUUACGUCGAUUGGAAUUGACCUACUGUAGACACAUCGGUGUGGAAUUCAUGUUUAUCAAUAGUUUAGAACAAUGCAAUUGGAUAAGACAGAGGUUGGAAACUCCAGGAGUUACUAAUAUGACCCCAGAAAAUAAACGUCUCAUAUUGGCCAGGUUAACCAGAGCUACAAUGUUUGAAUCAUUCUUGGCGCGAAAAUAUUCAUCAGAAAAACGUUUCGGUCUCGAGGGCUGCGAAAUUUUGAUACCAGCUAUGAAGGCGGUGAUUGAUAAAUCCACUGAUUUAGGUGUGGAAAGUAUUGUGAUGGGUAUGCCGCAUAGAGGUCGUCUUAAUGUACUUGCCAAUGUCUGUCGCAAACCUCUCCAUCAACUUUUCACUCAAUUCGCUGGUUUACAAGCCGCCGACGACGGAUCUGGAGAUGUUAAAUAUCAUUUGGGAACCUACAUAGAAAGGUUAAACCGAGUUACGAACAAAAAUAUUCGAUUGGCCGUUGUGGCGAAUCCUUCCCAUCUUGAAACAGUUGAUCCUGUUACUCAAGGUAAAACUAGAGCGGAACAGUUUUACAGAGGAGACGGAGAAGGCAAAAAAGUCAUGUCUAUUUUGUUACACGGAGAUGCAGCAUUCUCUGGACAAGGUGUUGUAUUUGAAACUAUGCACUUAUCAGAAUUACCCGAUUAUACCACACACGGUACCAUCCAUAUUGUUGUCAAUAAUCAAAUCGGUUUUACCACUGAUCCACGUUUUUCAAGAUCUUCGCCUUAUUGUACAGACGUUGCACGUGUUGUAAACGCUCCUAUAUUCCACGUGAACGCCGACGAUCCCGAAAGUGUAAUCCACGUUUGUAAUGUGGCCGCGGAAUGGAGAGCUACGUUCCACAAAGACGUUAUUAUCGAUCUUGUAUGUUACCGUCGAAAUGGACACAACGAAAUCGACGAACCCAUGUUUACGCAACCUCUGAUGUAUAGAAAAAUUAAACAGACCAAACCCUGUUUGGAUAAAUACGCCGAACAUCUAACGAACGAAGGAAUAGUAACUGAAGAGGAAGUUAAAGACGUUAAAGCGAAAUACGAAAAAAUUUGCGAAGAAGCAUUCGAUAGGGCGCGUAAGGAAACUCAUAUCAAAUAUAAAGAUUGGAUCGACAGCCCUUGGUCAGGUUUCUUCGAGGGAAAGGAUCCAUUGAAGGUGAAUCCGACUGGAGUUAUCGAAGAAACUUUGGUACAUAUCGGAAAAAGAUUUUCCUCUCCUCCUCCUAAUGCUACUGAAUUUAUAAUACACAAAGGUAUUGAACGUAUUUUGAAAUCUAGAAUGGAAAUGGUAGAAAAUAGAAUAGCCGAUUGGGCCUUAGGAGAAGCAAUGGCUUUUGGUUCAUUACUUAAAGAAGGUAUUCACGUUAGAUUAUCUGGUCAAGAUGUCGAAAGAGGUACUUUCUCACAUAGACAUCAUGUGCUUCAUCAUCAGACAGUCGAUAAAGCUACUUAUCGCCCGUUGUGUAAUCUCUAUCCAGAUCAAGCACCAUAUACAGUUUGCAAUAGUUCUCUCUCUGAAUACGGCGUACUUGGUUUCGAACUUGGUUAUUCUAUGACUAAUCCGAACGCCCUCGUUAUUUGGGAAGCCCAAUUCGGAGAUUUCUCCAACACGGCUCAAUGUAUCAUCGAUCAAAUGUUAUCCAGCGGUCAGGCUAAAUGGGUCAGACAAACUGGAUUGGUUAUGCUUCUUCCCCACGGUAUGGAAGGUCAAGGUCCGGAACAUUCGAGUGCUCGUCUAGAACGUUUUCUACAAAUGUCCUCCGACGAUCCGGAUUACUUCCCACCAGAAAGUGACGACUUUGCCGUCCGACAAUUACACGACAUUAACUGGAUCGUCGCAAACUGCACCACACCAGCGAAUCUCUUCCACAUUCUUAGAAGACAAAUAGCAUUACCUUUCAGAAAACCAUUGAUCAUCAUGACUCCUAAGAGUUUGUUACGUCAUCCCGAAGCAAGAAGCUCCUUCGAUGAUAUGGUCGAAGGUACAGAAUUUAAAAGAAUUAUACCCGAUAACGGACCAGCUGCACAAAAUCCUGAAGGUGUUGAAAAGCUUCUUUUCUGCACCGGAAAAGUAUAUUUCGAUGUAUUGAAAGCUAUUAAGGAUCAAGGGUUGGAAAAGAAGAUCGCCAUGACUCGAGUUGAACAGCUUACCCCUUUCCCGUUCGAUUUGUUGAAACAAGAAUGUGCUAAAUAUCCUAACGCGCAAAUUGCGUGGUUGCAAGAAGAGCAUAAGAAUCAAGGUGCUUGGACUUAUGUUCAACCAAGAUUCGAAACAACUUUGGCUGGUCAGAGAACAAUUAGCUAUGUUGGUAGACCAUGCGCAGCGAGUACUGCAACUGGAAGCAAAAACCAACAUCUUAAAGAAGUGGCACAACUAUUAGCAGAUGCUACACGACUCUAAAAUAAUUGUAGAUGUUUUCUAUGCAAAUAUUUAUUAGCCUUUAUCACAAAGAGAACAACCUAGACCACUUGAGUAAAUUGCACCAAAGCAAUCGUCUGAUAUUUUUAUGAAUUUGAUAUAGGUUGUCAGCAUUUCAACGAUUCCUAUUCAUUAUUUAUUUUUUUUUUGUUACUCUGCUAACAAAAUAUUGUAUUUAAUGAACUUUCACUUGAAUCGUUGAAAUGGUUUUUUGAUAAUUAUUUAUUAUUCUUUUCAUUUUAUACAUAAUUCAAAAAUAUCAGACAAUUCGUUAAUAUUACCUAAUGUAUUUAUUGUAAAUAUUUAUGAUUUAAAAAAUGAUGAAAACAUAAUUUAGAAGUGUCACGAAAUAUUUCAAUUUAUCAAAAAAUACCAAACUUUAUGGGUUGGUUUACAAAUAUCUGUAAAUAAUUCUCAAAAUGUAUAUUUUCCAAAUAUCAAAAUAAUUCUUACUGAUUUUAAAAUGGAUGAGUGAUGCCGUCAAAAGACAACGAUAAUGUUUACCCAAGAAAAAUAAGAUAAUAAUAAGAUCGAAAUAUUGCCAUUUAAAAAAAACUCUUGGACAGUUUUAUUUUUUAUGUUGCAAUUCUGGAUAGUUUGAACUUUCUGUUUUACUUAUAUUUUUUAUUAUUUUUCUUAGCUCCCUCCAAUUCCCUUAAUUAUCUGCUUUAACAAAUGUACGAUAUUAAUAUUUCCGAUUUUUCUCCAUGAAGUAUUAAUGAAUUUUUUUUUUUUAUAAAUUUUAAAAUUUAUCAUUAACAGAAACUAGUGAAUUUAUCAAAAUGUAAAUAAAAGUCCUUACCUCAUAUUUCAUUUAUUAUUAACCGAAACGUUAAAUGAAAAAAACUAAAGGCUGCAAUGAUGUAAAUUUCAUUAGUAAAAUAAACAAAUUCCUAAACUCAAAUUUUAUUUAAUAUUUUGUGACUGGUUUGAAAACGAGAAUAACAUAACUGAGUUCAGUGGCGUUGCUUUUGGAGCCUAUAGACAGGUUUGUCGUUAAGUCAAAAGGAAUUGCAACUAGCGCGUAAUAAAAAUGACACCAAUCCGAUAAUAUUGCAAGUGCAAGAUCUUGCAUGACAUUAAACAAUCAGCUGCACUUCAAUCUGCGCAUGCUUUUUAUCAAGAAAUAUUGCGCCGUACAUUGUAUUGCAUCAUGUCAAGUGGCCUUUAGUUUUCUUCUACUUCCUUUAACUCAUCCUACGAUACCGUCUUAUGUAUUCCAGAUGGAAUUACCUCGUUAUUGACGUCAUCUUUCUUCCAUUUUAUAUAUUCACCCAAAUAUACAAAAUCUGAUUUCGAUUCUGCUUUUCAAGUAUUUUAACAAAUGUUAGCUGUUAAAAUUUUUAAUUAGUUAUAUUUAGUGUAAGUUAUUUAUUGUAUGGACGUAUAUAUAUUGUUCGGAUAUAGCUGAAUGAAAGUUUUGUUCAAAUU